AUGACUACUUUCUCAUUAUCAUUAAAAAUCUUUUCAUUAGGAUAUAUGGAUAAUGCUAACUGGAUUUCAAAUUUCAAAGAAAAUUUAGAAGAUAUUUUAACUAUUGCUGAUGAAUUUUAUGGAUUCACUAGAGCUGUUAUUAAUAAAAAUAAGUCACAAUUUAUCACUAAUUUUUCUAGAUACCCUACUUUAGUUUUCUUGAAAUUUGAAACAUCAAUUUUAAACCUUCCUUCUGAAGAUCUUCUAUUUGUUUUCUUGGAGUUUAAAUACUAUCUACAGACUACUCCAUUAUUCAAAAAUGAAUGCAUUGAAAUGUCCUCACCUAUUAGAACACUUAUAAAGAAUAAUUCACACUUUGCUAUUUUUGCUUUUAAUUGUCUAUUCACUGGAAAUAUCUUUUACCAACUAAGAGAUUUAUGGAAUCAAUAA